UCUCUCUCUCCCUCUCUCCGCUCCUCUCUCCCUCUCUCCCUCCCUCUCUCCCUCACUCCGCCCCUCUCUCUCCUCCUCCUCUCUCUCUCUCCCUCUCUCCGCCCCUCUCUUCCUCCUCUAUCUCCCACCUCUCUCUCCUCCUCCUCUCUCUCUCUCCCUCACUCCGCCCCUCUCUCUCCCACCUCUCUCUCUUCCUUCUCUCUCUCUAUCUCUUCCUCCCCCCUUUCUCCCUCUCUCUCUUCCUCCUCUCUCUCCCACCUCUCUCUCCUCCUCCUCUCUCUCUCCCCUCUCUCCCUCUCUCCGACCCCUCUCUCCCUCACUCCGCCCCUCUCUCUCUCUCCCUCACUCCGCCCCUCUCUCUCUCUCCCACCUCUCUCUCUUCCUCCUCUCUCUCUCUCUCUCUCUCUCUCCUCCUCUCUCCCUCUCUCCCUCUCUCCCUCUCUCCCUCUCUCCCUCUCUCCGCCCCUCUCUCCCUCACUCCGCCCCUGUCUCCCUCUAGUUACGGGGACCAUGUGCAGCACUUCAAGGUGCUCCAGGACAGGUCAGGACAGUACUUUGUUUGGGAGGAGAUGUUCUUCUCUCUGAAUCAGAUGGUGGAGUUUUACCAUAGCAACAGCAUCGCCAAGGAGGGAACCGUCUUCCUACGAGACCCAGAACACCCUGCCAGGCACCCCCACCACGCCCAUGCUCUGUUUGACUUCACCCCCCACCACCACUCCCAGCUACGCUUCCUCCGCGGUGAUUUCAUCGACCUGCUCGACUGUUCCGAUUCGCUGCGCUGGAGAGGCCGUUGUCAUGGACGUGUUGGAUUCUUCCCCCCGGAGUAUGUCCAGGCCGUCUACCAAUGACCCCGCCCCAUCUGCCCCGCCCCAUCUGCCCCACCCCAUCUGCCCCUCCCCAUCUUCCCC